AAAUUGGUGUCCUGCCACCCCAAGAGUGCACAAGUGACGGUAGUGAAAAUGUGCGCGACACUUCUCUCGAGUGACACUUACGUCGCUAGACCCAGGAUGUGGUGUUAGAGUCCCCCAAAAAGCCAUGUACCCCCGGCUGAAGGGGCCAUCGGCAAAUGCUGCCAGACUCCUGUCGAUAUUUGCCGUCUGGAGCCUAGUUACUAUCGGGAAAUGCUCUGAGGAUGAAGAAAGGCUUGUUCGCGACCUUUUCCGAGGUUACAACAAGCUUAUACGGCCUGUUCAGAACAUGACUGAAAAGGUAGACGUUAGAUUUGGGCUAGCUUUCGUUCAACUUAUCAAUGUCAACGAGAAAAAUCAAAUUAUGAAAUCAAAUGUCUGGUUGAGAUUGGUAUGGAGCGAUUAUCAACUACAAUGGGAUGAAGCAGACUAUGGGGGAAUCGCAGUGUUAAGGCUACCGCCAGACAAAGUUUGGAAACCAGAUAUAGUUCUGUUCAAUAAUGCUGAUGGUAACUACGAGGUUAGAUAUAAGUCGAACGUUCUAAUUUAUCCUAAUGGCGAAGUACUAUGGGUGCCACCAGCAAUAUACCAAAGCUCCUGUACGAUAGAUGUAACAUAUUUUCCCUUCGACCAGCAAACUUGCAUCAUGAAAUUCGGUUCUUGGACGUUUAAUGGCGACCAAGUGUCCCUAGCUCUGUACAACAACAAGAAUUUCGUAGAUCUGUCAGAUUACUGGAAAUCUGGCACGUGGGAUAUCAUCGAGGUUCCGGCGUACCUUAAUAUUUACGAAGGAAACCAUCCCACUGAAACAGAUAUUACGUUUUAUAUCAUUAUUAGAAGGAAGACGUUGUUUUAUACAGUCAAUUUGAUACUUCCGACCGUACUCAUUUCAUUUCUUUGCGUGCUAGUUUUUUACUUGCCAGCUGAAGCUGGCGAAAAGGUCACAUUAGGAAUUAGUAUUUUACUAUCACUGGUCGUGUUUCUAUUACUUGUAUCAAAAAUCCUGCCACCGACGUCACUAGUGCUACCACUUAUCGCAAAAUAUCUUCUUUUCACUUUUAUAAUGAACACUGUUAGUAUCCUUGUGACUGUAGUCAUAAUCAAUUGGAAUUUUAGAGGUCCUAGAACGCACAGAAUGCCUUCGUGGAUAAGAUCAGUGUUCCUAAACUAUCUUCCAACAAUGUUAUUGAUGAAAAGGCCUCGAAAAACGAGACUUAGGUGGAUGAUGGAAAUGCCUGGGAUGGGUGUUCCACCACACCCAUAUGGUUCACCCACAGAUAUUCCUAAGCACAUAAGCUCAAUCGAAUCCCAGAGCAAGGUAGAGGUGAUGGAACUAUCGGAUCUACACCAUCACCCCAACUGCAAAAUAAAUCGGAAACCAAACUCCGAUAUGGGAGUUGGAGUUGGUGCUGAAAGUUGUAGGAGGGAAAGCGAAAGUUCUGAUUCGAUCUUGCUUUCUCCUGAAGCCUCUAAGGCCACCGAAGCGGUGGAGUUCAUUGCUGAACACUUACGCAACGAAGAUCUCUACAUACAGACUCGAGAAGACUGGAAGUAUGUAGCGAUGGUGAUUGACAGACUGCAACUUUAUAUGUUCUUCAUAGUGACCACAGCGGGGACAGUGGGUAUUCUGAUGGACGCUCCCCAUAUAUUCGAAUAUGUUGAUCAGGACAGAAUUAUUGAAAUAUAUAGGGGGAAAUAAAAGGUCAGGUAACGGCUGAAAAUCAUGUGGCUUCCACUUGAGACACUCAAAGGCCUACCAGCAACUGCAGGAGAAUGUGACAGUUGACAGUGCGUUGAAAACAAUCGGUCGUGUGACACUGUACAAUAAUGGACAAAAAUAUUGCACAUGACAAGCUCAAUUAUUUCAAUCCUGUUUAUAAAAAUCGGAAAGUUCGCAGUUUUGACAGUCUUCAGAAAUUUGAAAAUUUCGAAGGUUUUGAAGGUUUUCACAGUUUUGAAAGUGAAUGCUUUGAAGACAUCUAAAGUUUCAAAAGUUCUGAAAGACUUGAAGAUGUUUAAACUCUUGAAGCUAUUAUUUUAUAACGUCAAUCCAGGUACUUCCUUUGACUUCCUAGCAAUCGCAAAGUUCAAUAAUUUUGUCCAUUAUUGUUCGUAUGCCUGGAAGGGAUCGUGGGUGUGCCUAGUUGACAGAUUUUUUUGUUAUAUCGCUGAAUGACAAUCGAAAGUAUCCGUGAGUGAUACGGAAACUGAAAAAACGAUAUCGCGUCAUCGUUGUUAAACAAUUUCGUACGUAUAUUGAGGGUUGGACCUUUUCUACUCAAAAUAGUCAGAUUAUUAUAAUUUGAGCAUCUAUUCCCAUGAAGGGCAAAAGUCUGUUUCUACGGAGGCUUCUGAAAAUCCCAACUGGAAGAUUGAACGACUUUCUACUUUUGUUUAAUAGCACCAGUGUUUGAGGCUUGUCUGGGCCUGCUACGCCAGUUCCCUUCGUACAAGGCGGUGUUAACCUGGCUCUUUUAAUUUCCAGCAUCAGCUUGGGCGAAUUCAAGAGCCCUUGACCCUUAGUCUCGCCAGAUGAUCCGCUUUCUUGUUACCUGGCACACCACUGUACCCAGGCACCUAAUAAAAUAGGAUCACAUCUUUCACGAUUGCUAGACUUUGAGCGGCUGUGCUUGACUCUGGGGAUGUUACCGCCUUCACAGCCACUUUUUGUGACCGUUUUGUAAUAUUUUAUAAUAUGUAUGUCUUAAAUGCUGAUAUUGAGAUACGUAUUAUAGUUAAAAGCGUCAAUAUUUUGAGUAGAUACGGUCACGCCUUCUCAUAAUCACAUGGUGCAACACAGCACAACAACAUUCUU